AUGGGAAACUCGUCAGAAUUCCAGAAAGCAGUGAAGUUGGUGAUUGACACGGUUUCGUUCGAUAAGGACUCAACGGUCCAAGUUUUCGAGGCAACAAUCAGGGUUUUGGGGAGCCUGCUUUCUGCCCACAUCAUCAUUACAGAUAGCAGGCAGCCUUUUGGCAAUAUGACCAUUAAGGAUUACGACAAUGAACUGCUGCAUAUGGCUCGAGACCUGGCAGUGCGGCUGCUCCCAGCCUUCGAGAACACCAAGACGGGGAUUCCCUACCCUCGGGUCAAUCUGAAGAAGGGGGUACCUCCAGACAGCAACAAUGAAACCUGCACUGCAGGAGCCGGGUCCUUGCUGGUGGAGUUUGGUAUCCUCAGCCGCCUGCUCGGCGAUUCCACCUUUGAGUGGGUGGCCAGGAGAGCAGUCAAAGCGCUCUGGAGCCUCAGGAGCAAUAACACGGGGCUGCUAGGAAAUGUUGUGAAUAUUCAAACUGGCCAUUGGGUUGGAAAGCAAAGUGGAUUGGGAGCAGGGUCGGAUUCAUUCUAUGAGUACCUCCUGAAAUCUUACAUCCUCUUUGGAGAAAAGGAAGACUUGGAAAUGUUCAACGAUGCUUAUAGGAACAUUCAGAACCACUUAAGAAGAGGUCGAGAAGCUUGCAAUGAAGGUGAAGGUGACCCUCCUCUGUAUGUUAAUGUGAACAUGUUCACAGGACAGCUGAUGAACACGUGGAUCGACUCUUUGCAAGCCUUUUUUCCUGGGCUGCAGGUAUUGAUAGGAGAUGUGGAAGAUGCUAUUUGUCUCCACGCUUUUUAUUAUGCCAUAUGGAAACGAUACGGAGCUCUCCCAGAAAGAUACAACUGGCAAUUGCAAGCACCGGAUGUUCCCUUUUACCCGCUGAGGCCAGAGUUGGUGGAAUCCACGUAUCUUCUCUAUCAGGCCACAAAGAACCCAUUUUACCUUCAUGUGGGAAUGGACAUUCUGCAGAGUCUGGAAAAAUACACAAAAGCAAAGUGUGGCUAUGCCACUUUACACCACGUUGUAGAGAAGACAAAGGAAGAUCGAAUGGAGAGCUUUUUUCUCAGUGAAACAUGUAAAUAUUUGUACCUGUUGUUUGAUGAAGAGAAUCCACUGCAUAAAUCUGGAAAUAAGUAUAUGUUUACUACUGAGGGACAUGUUGUGUCUGUGGAUGAACGUUUCCGUAACUCCCUGUGGCAAGACAUCCUCCCCGGAGAAGAGGACAGCACAGAAAAAGUGAAACCUAACGAAUUAAAGGCAGUCAACUUCAGCUCUAACUGUAACAGAGUUCCUGAUGAGAGGAGGUACCUACUGCCAUUGAAGAGUAACUACAUGAGACAGAUUGACCGAAUGGUGGGCUUGAUCUGAACUGUUCUUCAGAUUAACUUUUGUCGUCUGUCAGGAGGAGCAGGGGAUUUGGCUGCAGAUGUUCCUCUCCUCUCCAGCUGCACACCUGCAAACGCUCGGUCACUUGGGUUCCCCCGUGCUUGGCAGUUUUCAAUUACGGACCUGAAGGGAGAUCGAGUUCUCCUGCGACUUUCGUCUUCUCAACUGUGGUAACUCCACGUGCCACUGAAUAGAGAUUUCUUGUUUUAAGACUUCCUCUGAAAAAAGAUGCAAAUGAAGGCUGAAUAUACUU